ACACUGUCGGCAGUGGCUGAAAUUCGAAGCGCAGCAAAUACACACGGCGACGCAAGAAGGGCCAAAAUAAACAGCAACAGCAACAGGGGCAGUCGACAAAACGGAUUUAUUAAAUGCACAUGCAUAUUUAUUUAUAAACUUGUUAGCCACAGAAACGUGUUAUAAAUGCGCCACAGUCGCGUCGCUUUGCCUCGUCCGUUCUAGUGCCAAGUGCAAUUAUCGAGCGCAGCCGCUGCCGCCUCCUUCGUUUGUUGUCGUCUUCGUUGUUGUUGUUGUUGUUUGUAUUGUUGUUUUGGGUGCUAAUAUUUUGUGUGCUUGUGGAAAUUCUAUUCAAUUCUGUUGCGGAAAUUAAGUCGUGUAUAUCUGUCUGUGUCGCUGUCUCGACGUGUGUGUGUGUGUGUGUGUGUGUGUGUGUGUGUCUGUGUCUGUGCCCGUGUGUGAAAGAAAAAGGUGAAACAAAAAAGGCGCAGUUGCGGCUGCCGCCGCCGCAGCCACAGAGCAGCGCAGCGGCCCCAAAGCGCUGAACAGCGAAGCAUUCGUAUGCAAGAUUUGUCGCUGUCGUCAUUAUUAUUGAGCGUCGACGUCGCCGCGCUGCGUCCGGUUUAAAUUCAAUCAAGCGGCAAGAGAAAUAAAGCACACACAACAACAAAAAAUAAACGGAAAAACCAAAAAAAAAAAAAUUUAAAUAAAACAUUGCCAACGCCGCAUUGCUGUUGUUUUUGUUCUACGUAUUAUUGCCUUUGAACGAAGCUUUAAGCGCCUAACUACCUCGCCCCCGCAAACGCGCCGCUAGCUUAACGAAACUCGCGAUCGUGACGUGAUCCACUCGUGAGUGCAUUCAACUCACGCACGCACAUGCUGCUAGCCACGCCAACAACAACAACAGCAAGCAGCCAAAAUGAUGCAGCAGGAGCAGCGUCUAUUGUGAAUCUGCCUACGAAACAUAACGAAACUCUUGUUAAGCUCAAACCGACCGCGUCGCCGUUAACCGCAAUGCUUGCUAACGUGCCGUCAACAUCGAGCGCUGUCGCUGCCUCUGCCUCUGCCGCUGUUGCCACCAACGUCACAGCGGACGCUUGUGAUGAGCGCACACGGCUUUUGGGCAGCACACCGACGCCGCCGCUGGCAGCAUCGCCGCCGACAACGCUGGCGCUGCCCCUGCCGCUGGUCCAUGCAGCGACGCAUCCGUCCCGCAGCAGCAACAACAAUCACAGCGGCGCCAACAAUAACAACGACAACGAUCUGGAGGCCAGCAACAAUAAUUAUAACAACAACGAGAACAAUCGCAGCGACGUAGACGAUCUGUCCGAGGAGACGGCCACAACGGCUGGCGCGGCCGACUCCAGCGAUCAAAGUGAUAAAUUCAACCGCCCGCCCACCAAUCAGAAAAAGCCCAAGCUCAGCAAGCUGGGCACCAAAAGCGUUGGACUCAAACGCGUAUCGUUUGGCUCUUCCAAAGGCUCCAUGGUGGAGACUUUAGUAUUUGAGACACCAACGCCGCUCUCUGAGCAUGUGGAGCCCAACUUUGGCUUCGAUGCGGCCGAUGCUGCCGGCGCUGCUGCUGGUCAGCCGCCGCAAGCAAUAACAGCAGCAGCGACGCAUUUACCGCUAGUCAGCAGCAACAGCACUUACGGUGACUAUGCGAAACUGAAUAUGGACGACAGCGGCAUCGAGGUGCAGGAAGAAUCCGAGCGUUCGAUAGUGCGCGUUUCCAUUUACCAAAGCAGUCAACCGCAACAGAUUUGUCCACCAGCCGAGUAUACAUUAACGAGUUUUUCAGAUAAUUUAGAUAAUACGUUUAGUAGCUACAAUUGUAACUUAGACUAUACGCAAAUGGCGACGGCAACGAUGCAGCCAGCCGGCGGCCUGGGACCAGCCUAUGACAGACAGCAGAGCACUGACUCCGGCUGGGAUAAUCCGUUUCGUCCUGGCGGCGAUCUGUCCAGAGAGGCUGAUGAAAUUGUUAGCAUGAUACGUGGUGGCAAGCCCAUCACGCCCACAGAGGAUCGUACAAUAGGCAAUGGCAACGCACAGCAUGGCGAUGAUAACUGUAAUGGCGCAAGCACUGCAAUAGGCGAGACAGUUACCAAAACAAAUCUCUCGCAGAAUCAAGCGACAGCACAAAAUGGUACAAAUUCCCACGGCAGCAAGGUGGCCAGCUCGACAGGAGCAGGAGGUGGCGGCGGUGGUGCAGCAGCGGUAACAGCAGCUGGCAAAGCGGAGAGCAAUAAUGGCGUCACUUCUCUGGCUCAAGUCUCAAAGCAAGUGGUGCCUGGACCAACUUCGGCUAGUCACGUGGUUAUCGACGAGAAGAAGAACAAGAAAAAGGGCUGCUGUGUGGUGCAAUAAUCAACGAGAGCGAGAAGCAACAAAACAACAGCGAGAGGAACACACACACACCCACACAAUAACACAGACACACACAACUAGAGGCAGAACACAGACGAGACAGACGAAACGCCGAGAAGAAGCGAGCAGAAAGAGCGAGAGAGAGAGAGAGAGAGGGAGAGAGCGUAGAAGCCCAGCACAAUGCAUGGGCGUCGGGGCUAGGGUUAGCGAUGGGGCGUAUCAUAUUUAAUGUUAAUGUUAAAUGCUAAUUUUUUGAAGGGGGAAAGCAAAACCGAAGCUGUUGAUAUUUAAAUUCUGCUGCAUUCAAACGCUUGCUUUUACAAUACAAUACAGCAAAAGAGAACAGAAGAAAAUGCAAUACAAAACGAAACACACGAAAGCAAAAUGAGACGCGAGCUCUCUGAACAGAACAGAACAGAACAGAACAGAACAGAACCAAGAACAGAAAAUGUAAACAGUAACAGUUACCGUUACGAUCAACAGCGACAGCUAAAAGUGCGCGCUUAACAGCGGCUGUUAACAGCUAACAGCAGUUGUUGGCCAAAUUCGCUGUGGCUAUCGCCGUCUCACUCAUUAACUCAAUGCAGCGCGCUAUAGCUGUCGCUGUCUAACCCACGUGCAGUUGCAGCUUAACUUUAAAACUAUGAUAUAUAUAUAGAAUGCAUAUGCAUACGCGUAUACAACAUAUAUAUAUUUAUAUAUUUGUUAGUCUGGAUAUAUAUAUAUAUAUAUAUAUUUAUAUAUGUGAAAAGCUGAUGCUACAAAAAUGAACAGAACAGCCGUUGUUUAUUAUGAUGCUGUUUAUAUAAUUAUAUAUAUAUAUAUAUAUAUAUAUAUAUUUUCCAUAUUUCCUUUUUUUUUUGUGUGUAAUGUGACUCGACUUUAUAUACAUACAUACAUAAUAUAUAUAUAUAUAUUUUUUUUUUCGUAUUCGUAAAAUUAGUGCAUCUUUUUAAAGGGUAUUUAAAAAGUCGAUAAAGAAAAUGAACAGAAACAGUUUUGCCUGCAUGCAUAAAUGAGAAAAGAACAGAAAAAAAAAGAAAAAAAAAAAACAAAAUGUAUUUAUUUUUUAUUUAUAUGACGAUGAAAGUAAUGAAAUUAAACUAAAUGUUAAUACCUUAAACAAAUUAUACAACAAAACAAAACAAAUAUACAAAAUACACGCAUAUAUACACAUAUACACACACACAUACACGCACGCACUUAAAGCAAAGAGCGCGUAAAUAAGAAGCUUGCAAAUUUUCAAGAGCCCAGUUGGACUUUCACGCAUGAAUUACGCACAGAAUUCAGCAUGCUUUCAACUACUUUCACUUUAAGUGCGCUUUUAGUGGAGUCAACACUUUUUUCAUGGGUUUGCUCAAAGCUUUCUUUUCUUUCAACUUUUAACACGCAAACGUAAAGUUCAUGUGAAGAAUGCUGAAAGUUUAAUCUACUUUUCAUGUGGUUUUUCUGCGUAUUUGCGUGAAAAAAUAGUUGAGGUGCCACACACUUUGCUGAGAAUUUAACACACACACUCACUCAUGUGUGCAUAUAUGUAUGCUUGUAUGUGAGAGCUUCGAUAUAUAUAUUUUGUAUUUGUUUUUCGUUUACUGCAAACUGAACCUAAAUGCAUAUGUGUGUGUGUAUAUCACAACCACCCACCCAAACACACACACACACACACACACACACACUCACUCGCUCACACACACACACACAGACAGCAGCCUAGUGAUAUUUGUGCGUAUGUCGCGGGCCUUCAGUCCAGCUGCAGCAAAUAGAAAGAGCUAAACCAAAUAGUAAAAGAGAACACCGAAAUGGACCGCCACACACACACAUACACACAAACCCCACAUACACACACACACAGCGUAAGCAUUAAUGUGCUGCAUUUGGUAAAUGUAAUAAUAUUAUUAAACACACAACAAGAGCGUAAUAAAAAUAAAAUACAAAUUAAAAGAAACUGUAUGUAAUAGCGAGCCCCGAAAUAUGUGCUAAUUCAAAUUCAAAUAAAAUGAAAAACAACAACAAAUCAAAAACUAAUGCAAAAUCUACAGCAAAAAGAAAAAAUUAAAUAAAUAUAAAUGCAAAACAUGAAA